UAUAUUUUAUGUAAAUAAACGCUUAGAAUAAUUAUCAUACUUUAAAAUGUCCGGUAAAGUCUUAUACGAGAAAUCAGCUGAAGUUGAGCGGUUUAUUUUGCUCCCGGUUUUAGUUCUCACUGACAGCAAGUUCUCACUCAUAUUUGUUUUAUUUUUCAAAUGUGAUUGCGAUAAGAAUGCCCAAGUUUUAAAUCCUAGUAUCUUAGGAACCACUAGGCUCGCAGAUGAAAGCCAUUAGGGUUUUUCACAACUCAUCCUCUACCGAAUGACAACUCUCUCAUUCAAAUCUGACUCAGGCUUUACUUCUCUUGUGACUUUUUGUUUUUGUUCAGUUCUCGAGGCUGUUAAUUAUUGUUCUCUAUUUUUUAAUCUAAAUAAUUUAAGUUAUAUUCCAAUUUCACCAUCUAAUACAACUUAAUAAAAUUUAACCAAUCGGCCAUAUACUUUAAGGAGGCAAUCUUGGACCUGACCAAAAUGGAGCAAUUGGAAGUGGAUACAAUCCUGGAAGUGAUGAAGACCAUGCGUUCAUCAGGCUCUGGAGGUGAGUCCAGAGAAGUUAGCGUUAAAGAAAGGAAAUUUGCUGAACAUAUUGUCGGUGUCAUAAAAAGGAUUGCUGCAUCCUCAAAACAUGAAUGGAUAGAAGAAGAAGAGUUGUACUCUGUCGAGCCGCCGGAAAAUAUUGAUUUGAAUGUCAUCUAUGAUGCGCUGGAAUCUUUCGACUAUGACUACAUCAGAAAUGUAAUUGAUUGGAAAGAAAGAAACCCAAAAAUAAAUUUCAAAACUUUACAAAAACAGUUUCCCCGGGUUACAAAUUCGAGCUACAUUGCAAAGUUCCGAGCCUAUCUUGAAAGAAUGGCAUUAAACCGAGAAAAAUAUACCGCAAUUUCCGAAUUUGUUUGGUCAAGAUAUCGAGAAGCUCAAGACUCCAAGUACCCUGUUCAUGAUGAGGAUUUAAAAAGAUGGGCCUUUGAGAAAGCAAGGGAAGUAGAAUUGGAUGGCUUCAAAGCUUGUGACGUUUGGGUGGAAAAUUUCAAAAAGCGAAACUUUAUAGGUGUUCGGAAAACGACAGAAGUAAUAACUUACAACAAUGAACAUGAUACAGCCGAGACUGAAGUUCUUGCAGCAGAAUUUCUCAUGAAUUUCAAGUUAAAUUCUCGGUUUGAGCCUUCAGAGAUAUUUAAUGCUGCACAAACAAGCUGCGCUUAUGAGAUAACAAUAGAAGACGAAACAUCUGAUGAUCCAAUUGGAAGCCAAAAAACUGAAUUACGGACUUAUAGCAUUCAACUCAUCAUUAACAUGGAUGGUGAACUAUGUAACAAUUUUAUGAUUGUGUUUCAACAAUGUUCAGACGAGCAAGAGGAUUUAAUUAUACCUCCAAAUAUUUACAUUACUUCAUCGGACAAUGGUAAAGUUGACAAAGAUGCUCUCAAAAACUGGGCUACAAUUUGUUUAUCACCUAAUCUUGAAAGAGAAGCUUGCCUAUUAAUAAGUCCUGUUGGAACCCAACGAGUUCAAAAUUCUAUCUUUUCUUUACCUGACAAAAAAUUGACCAUCAAACUAUUACCAACUGGUUCUGCUGCGAUUCUCCAACCACUCAGUGUCCUGAUUUUCAAACAAUGGAAAUUAUUUAUUAAAAAGUUCAUGCAACGCGUCUCGCUGGACCAAAUUCCUCUAAAACUGAAUGAUAAAAAUUCUAUCAUCAAGCUUAACUUUUUAAUUCACAACCAAUUAAGAGCACCUCUUUUCAAGCCACUCAUACGGAAUGCUUGGGCAAAGGCUGGCUUUGAAGUUGAGAAAGAACCUGAUAUUUCCAUUGAUAGUAUACUCGAUAAACCUGAUUGUGGAUGUCAAAUGGGCGAUUGUCAUUCGGCUUCAUUCAUAAAUUGUGCCCAUUGUCGACAUCAUAUUUGUGCUUUUCACUUCUUUUCAACUUUUCAUCAUCAUUAAUCUGGUUAAUCAACAAAAACUCAUUUCGAUGCCAAAUCAUAAAAAUCAAGCUUUUCAAUUAAGUUCUGAGAUAUAAAAAUUGAUACAAUAAAUUUAAAUUUUCAACAAGACA